AUGAUCAAGAGUUGGAUUCACAAUACCAAUUUGCGGGUUGCCCGCAGUCCCGUGGGGAAAUGGUUCCGUCUAGAGGGCUCUGGUCAUCCCAGAGAGAGGAAGGGAAGCUACUUCUUCACUGAAAUUCGCGCCGGCCUCGCCACGUUCUUCGCCAUGGCAUAUAUUAUCUCUGUCAACAGCACCAUCACCUCCGCUACCGGUGGAACCUGCGUCUGUCCCGAAGAGAGUAUGUCAGAUAACUGCGCCACCAACGCCGAAUACGCAUUGUGCACGCAGGAAGUCAACCGAGACCUCGUCACCGCUACCGCAGCUAUCGCCGCGCUGUCUACAUUCUGUAUGGGUCUAUUUGCAAACCUGCCUAUCGCCCUAGCCCCCGGCAUGGGUCUGAACGCCUACUUUGCCUACACUGUAGUUGGUGUGCGCGGUACCGGCUUGGUUUCCUACUCCACAGCUCUCACCGCGGUCUUCGUUGAAGGCUGGGUAUUCCUUGGGUUGACCCUCAUCGGUAUGCGACAGUGGCUAGCGCGUGCGCUCCCAUCUUCAAUUAAACUUGCCACCGGCUGCGGUAUCGGUCUAUAUCUCGCCUUGAUUGGUUUGACAUAUGACGCCGGUAUUGGACUGGUUCAAGGUGCUUCGUCCACACCAAUUGAAUUGGCUGGAUGUGCGUCUCAAUACUUCGACCCCGAGACCGGAUUGUGUAUGAGCAGCGAGAAAAUGCGCAACCCCACUAUGUGGAUUGGUAUCUUCUGUGGUGGAAUUCUGACUGCUUUGUUGAUGAUGUACCGCAUCAAAGGUGCUGUUAUUAUCGGUAUUCUGUUGGUGUCGAUUAUCUCGUGGCCUCGCACUACUCCCGUCACUUAUUUCCCCUACACGGAGUUGGGCACGAGCAAGUUCGACUUCUUCAAAAAGGUGGUGACAUUCCAUCCUAUUAAGCACAUUCUCGUUGCUCAGGAUUGGGAUCUCUCCGGCAAGGGUGGCCAAUUUGGAUUGGCUUUCAUUACAUUCUUGUAUGUUGAUAUUUUGGAUACUACUGGUACCAUGUACUCAAUGGCCCGAUUCGCCGGCACCAUUGAUGAAAAGACCCAAGAUUUCGAGGGCAGCGCCAUCGCCUAUAUGGUCGACGCAAUCUCUAUCUCCAUUGGAUCCCUGCUUGGCAGCCCUCCUGUGACAGCAUUCGUCGAGUCUGGCGCGGGUAUUUCUGAAGGUGGCAAGACAGGUCUGACAUCGUGCACGACCGGCAUUGCAUUCUUCAUCUCCGUGUUCUUCGCACCAAUAUUCGCCUCUAUUCCACCCUGGGCAACGGGUUGCACGCUCGUGAUCGUUGGUGCAUUGAUGGCCAAGGCUGCCGCUGAGAUCAACUGGCGCUACUACGGUGAUGCCAUCCCCGCAUUCCUCACCAUCGCCAUCAUGCCUUUCACCUAUAGUAUUGCCUACGGUCUGAUUGCAGGUAUCACCAGCUACAUCACUCUCAACGGUAUUGCCUGGAUCAUCGAGAAGGUCAGUGGUGGUCGUAUCGUCCCGCCUAACAAGGACGAGUCCGAUCCUUGGUCCUGGAAGAUCAAGGGUGGUUUCUUGCCACCCUGGGUUAACCGUGCUGCUCACGGGAAGAAGGAUUUCUGGCGCCCCGAUGAGGAGUAUGCUGAGCAGCGUGUUGAUGGUGAGUCUGGAUCUCUUGCCUCGUCGGGCGAGCGUGUAGCUCUUGAGAAGGGUCAGGAGCCCAGUGAUGCUCGCCCUGUAAAGUCCUUGUAA